AUGGAUGUUGGGUCAGUGGAAGGGUUGGCGUAUCAUCGGGCCUGGGACACUUUAUACUGGACCAGUUACACCACGUCCACCAUCACCCGUCACAGUGUGGACCAGAGCCGCUGGGGGGCUUUUGACCGGGACAUUGUAGUUACCAUGUCAGGAGAUGACCACCCACGGGCUUUCGUCCUGGAUGAAUGUCAGAGCUUGAUGUUUUGGACCAACUGGAAUGAGCAGUCGCCUAGUAUCAUGCGCGCUCAGCUGUCUGGAGCCAAUGUCCUGGUGAUCAUUGGCAGGGACAUCCGCACUCCCAAUGGACUCGCCAUCGACCAUCGUGCCGAGAAGCUCUAUUUCUCGGAUGCUACGCUUGAUAAGAUUGAGCGCUGCGAGUAUGAUGGCUCCCAUCGUUAUGUGGUCCUGAAGAAUGAGCCAGUGCAUCCUUUCGGUUUGACCGUGUACGGUGACCACAUCUUCUGGACAGACUGGGUGCGCAGAGCCGUCCUCAGAGCCGACAAAUAUGUUGGAGGAGACAUGAAGGUGUUAAGAGCUGAUAUCCCACAACAGCCAAUGGGGAUCGUCGCUGUGGCCAACGAUACGAAUAGCUCUCAGAACACGUCAUGCAGCAGUAUGGAUGACUUUGAGUGCGGGAAUGGAGACUGCAUCAAAUACACACUCACCUGUGAUGGCAUGGCCCACUGCAAAGACAAGUCAGAUGAGAAACAGUCCUACUGCAUUUAUGCACUUUUUGUUUGUGUUCCAGCAACCCUGUGCACAGCGGAUCAGUUUCAGUGCAGAGACGGAUCAUGUGUGUCAAACUCCAGUCGCUGUAACCAGGUGCUGGACUGUGAGGAUGCCAGUGAUGAAAUGAACUGCUUGGUCUCUGAUUGUUCCAGUUAUUUCCGUCUGGGUGUGAAAGGCUUCACCUAUCAGCGGUGUGAAUUCACUACGCUGUGUUACGCUCCAUCAUGGGUCUGUGAUGGCGCAAAUGACUGUGGAGACUAUUCAGAUGAGAGAAACUGCCCAGAUAAGAAAAAGAGAAAGUGCCCGUCAAACUUCUUUGCUUGUCCCAACGGUCGCUGUAUCCCUAUGAGCUGGACCUGUGAUAAGGAGAACGACUGUGAGAGCGGAGAUGACGAGGCGCACUGUGAUAAGUUCUGCUCAGCAACGCAGUUUGAGUGCGGGAAUCAUCGCUGUAUUUCCAGCAGCUGGGUGUGUGAUGGGGCGGACGACUGUGGAGAUGGAACAGAUGAGGACAGCAGAUGCAAGAAUAAAACGUGCAGUGCGGAUGCGUUCCACUGUCCGGAUUCACACAAGUGUGUCCCGCAGCGCUGGGUUUGUGAUGGAGACAGAGACUGUCCGGAUGGAGCUGACGAGAGCCUGAAGGCCGGCUGUGUGUUCAAUAACACGUGUAAGGCGGGAGAGUUCAUGUGCCAGAACAGACAGUGUAUCCCCAAACACUUUGUGUGUGACCACGACAGCGACUGCGGCGACGGCUCUGAUGAGUCUCUGGAGUGCGAGUAUCCUGCAUGUAAGGCCAAUGAGUUCCGCUGUGAUAACGGCCGCUGUCUGAUCCAGAAAUCCUGGCAGUGUGACGGAGAGUUUGACUGUCACGAUCACUCAGACGAAGCUCCCAAAAAUCCUCACUGCAACGGUCCUGAAAAGAAAUGUAAUGACACGGCGUAUGCAUGUGGGAAUGGUAAAUGCAUCAGUGAGACGUUACUGUGCAAUCACAAUGAUGACUGUGGCGACGGGACGGAUGAGCUGAACUGCUUCAUUAAUGAAUGUCUGAACAGUAAACUGAGUGGCUGCUCUCAGCUGUGUGAUGACCUGAAGAUCGGAUUCAAGUGCAGAUGCCGCCCUGGCUUUAGACUGAAGGAUGAUGGGAAGACCUGUGUAGAUGUGGAUGAGUGCUCCACCACUUAUCCCUGCACACAGCACUGCAUCAACACUCACGGCAGCUUCCGCUGUGUGUGUGUGGAUGGCUUCCAGCUCAGCCCCUCCGACCCCACUGUCUGCAAGUCCACCUCCGACGAGGAGCCGUUCCUUAUCUUCGCUAACCGGUAUUACUUGAGAAAGCUCAACUUGGACGGCUCAAACUACACACUUUUAAAGCAGGGUCUGAACAAUGCUGUUGCGUUGGACUUCGACUACAGGCAGCAGAUGAUCUAUUGGACAGAUGUGACGACUCAAGGCAGUAUGAUACGACGCAUGCACAUCAACGGCAGCGACGUUCAGGUUCUCCAUCGCACGUCUCUCAGCAACCCUGAUGGUCUGGCUGUCGAUUGGGUCGGGGGUAACCUGUAUUGGUGUGAUAAGGGGCGGGACACUAUUGAGGUGUCGAAGCUGAACGGAGCAUACAGGACAAUGCUGGUCAACACGGGACUGAGGGAACCCAGAGCCAUAGCUGUGGACGCCCGCAAUGGGUACCUGUACUGGUCUGACUGGGGUGAUAAUCCGCAUAUCGGCCGCAUUGGGAUGGAUGGCACCAACAGAAUUGUGAUCAUACAGGACAAGUUAACCUGGCCCAACGGUCUCACUCUGGACUUCAUCAAUGAUCGCAUCUACUGGGCAGACGCCAGAGAGGACUACAUUGAGUUUGCCAGCUUAGACGGAUCCAACAGACAUACAGUUUUGACUCAGGACAUCCCACACAUAUUCGCCAUGACUCUGUUUGAGGAGUACAUCUACUGGACAGACUGGGAGACCAAGUCCAUCAACAGAGCUCAUAAAACACUGGGCACCAACAAGACCUUGCUGAUCAGCACCUUACACAGGCCCAUGGACAUCCACAUCUACCACCCCUACAGACAGCCAGAGGUCACAAAUCACCCGUGUCAGACAGACAAUGGCGGCUGCAGUAACUUGUGUCUGCUCUCUCCGGGUGGAGGUUAUAAAUGUGCCUGUCCCACUAACUUCUACCUGGCCGCUGAUGGGAAACAGUGCAUGUCCAACUGCACCGCCAGCCAGUUUGUCUGCAAGAAUGACAAGUGUAUCCCGUUCUGGUGGAAGUGUGACACUGAGGACGACUGUGGCGACCGAUCCGACGAGCCUGCCGACUGCCCUGAGUUUAAAUGCAGACCAGGUCAGUUCCAGUGUGAUACUGGGAUCUGUACAAACCCAGCGUACAUCUGUGACGGAGACAACGACUGCCAGGAUAACUCUGAUGAGGCCAGCUGCGAUAUCCAUGUGUGUUUGCCCAGUCAGUUUAAAUGCACCAAUCCCAGUCGCUGUAUUCCCGGAAUAUUCCGCUGUAACGGCCAAGACAACUGCGGAGAAGGAGAGGAUGAAAAAGACUGCCCGGAGGUGACGUGUGCGCCUAACCAGUUCCAGUGCACUAUAACCAAACGGUGUAUCCCGCGCGUGUGGGUGUGUGAUCGUGAUAAUGACUGCGUCGAUGGAUCCGACGAACCCGCCAACUGCAAUGAGAGGACGUGUGAGCCGUAUCAGUUCCGCUGUAAAAACAACCGCUGUGUUCCCGGCCGCUGGCAGUGUGACUAUGACAACGACUGCGGGGAUAACUCGGACGAGGACAAGUGUGUGCCCAGGCAGUGCUCUGAGAGUGAGUUUGCCUGCACCAGCGGCCGCUGUAUUGCUGGCAGAUGGAAGUGUGAUGGAGAUCAUGACUGCACUGACGGAUCUGACGAGCAUGGCUGUGACGUGAAGUGUGAUAACGACCAGUUUCAGUGUAAGAACGGUCACUGCAUCCCAUUCCGCUGGAGGUGUGACGCUGAUGCCGACUGCAUGGAUGGCAGUGACGAGGAGAACUGCGCCAUUGGAGUGGGUCGAUUCUGCCCUCUGGAUGAGUUUCAGUGUAAUAACACUCUGUGUAAGCCGCUGGGCUGGAUGUGUGACGGCGAGGACGACUGUGGAGACAAUUCAGAUGAGAAAAUAAUGCGCAAUAAACAUGUCGAAACUCCUGCGCCUGCAGUCUGUGGGAAGAGUGAGUUUACAUGCAGCACUGGAAAGUGUAUAAGCAUUAACCUCCGCUGCAAUUUCUUCAAUGACUGUGAGGACUACGGCUCUGAUGAGAUCAGCUGCAACAAGAAAGAUUCGGGUCUAAAUGAAUGCCGUAACAACCGCAGUAUGUGUGGAGAUGAAGGUCACUGUGUGGUGAACAGAACCGACUUGUUCUGCUCCUGCAAACCCGGCUUCCAGAAAACACACCCGCAAACCUGCACAGAUGUGAACGAGUGCAAGCAGUUCGGGAUCUGUUCUCACAUCUGCAACAACACUAAAGGCUCCCACAAAUGCAGCUGCUCCAAGAACUUCAUCAAAGUGAACGACACCUGCAAGGCGGACAGCAGUGACAAACAGGCUCUGUACGUGGCAGAUGAUAAUGAAAUUCGCAGUUUGUAUCCUGGAAUGCAAAACUGGAUAUAUGAACAGGCCUUCCAAGGAGAUGCCAAUGUACGGAUCGAUGCCAUGGACCUGCACAUCAAAUCCAAACGGAUCUUCUGGACCAACUGGCACACUGGCAGAAUCUCCUCUUUCGAGCAGCCUUCUCCUGGACCCGCCUCGCCGAACUCAAACCGCAACCGAAGACAAACCGAUUCCAGAGUUACUGAUCUAGAGAUCCCUGGUCUGAAGAUGCCUCGUGGGAUUGCUGUGGACUGGGUGGCCAACAACAUCUACUGGACGGACUCGGGUCGUGAUGUCAUCGAAGUGGCUCAGAUGAACGGACGCAAUCGCAAGACGCUCAUCUCAGGCAUGAUUGACGAGCCCUACGCCAUCGUGGUGGACCCACCGAGAGGCAUCAUGUACUGGGCCGACUGGGGAAACCACCCUAAGAUCGAGACGGCCGCUAUGGACGGCACCAUGAGGGAGACGCUGGUGCAUGAAAACAUCCAGUGGCCCACAGGUCUAGCUGUGGAUUACUUCAAUGAGCGUCUGUACUGGGCUGAUGCCAAACUCUCUGUUAUCGGGAGCGUCAGACUGAACGGGACAGAUCCAGUCAUAGCUGUCUCCAGCGUUAAAAACAUUUAUCUGUUUCUUUGUCUUCCCUCAGCUCCGAGUGGCACCUGUAACCUGCUUUGUCUGAAUGGUGGAACUUGUGUCCUGAAUGCCAGAAAACAACCCAAGUGUCGCUGUCAGCCAAACUAUGGAGGAGAGAGAUGUGAGCUAAACCAGUGCAAAGAGUUCUGCCAGAACGGAGGAACGUGUACCGCAUCACCCACAGGAGCUCCGACUUGCCGUUGUCUGGCAGGCUUCACAGGACCCAACUGUAACCAGCGCACAUGCGAGAACUACUGUAAGAAUGGAGGAAACUGCACAGUUAAUCGUGGAAACCAGCCCACCUGCAGCUGCCCUGCAGACUUCCUGGGAGACCAAUGUCAAUAUCGGUCAUGUGAUGGAUUCUGUGACCAUGGAGGGACAUGUAUGCAGUCCAGCGAUGGGUCGAGACAAUGUCGCUGCCCUCCACGCUUCAUCGGCAACAACUGUGAAGUGGACAAGUGUCACUAUUGCCGUGAUGGCAAGUGUAUUCCCACCAACAUCUACCAGCCACAUGGAGACGUUACAUGCAGGUGUACCAGUGGCAGAAUCCAGCCAAGCUGUUAUACAUGUGAAGGGUACUGUGCUAAUGGGCAGUGCUCUCUUAGUGCCUCAAACCUCCCACAGUGCAAAUGUCCUCUUGGAUGGGAGGGUCAUCGCUGUGAGAAUCCUGCUCCCAUUGAAAAUGUUGAAUCCAGUGGCCGAACAGCUUCAAUAGUUAUUCCAUUGGUUUUACUGAUACUGCUGGUGUUGCUGAUUGGAGGAGCAGUAUUGUGGUACAGAAAAAGAAUGAGAGGAGCCAAAGGCUUUCAGCAUCAGAGAAUGACAAAUGGCGCUAUGAAUGUUGAGAUUGGGAACCCAGCCUAUAAAAUUUAUGAAGGAGAGCAAGAUGACGACGUUGGAGAAUUGUUGGAUGCUGACUUCACACUGGAUCCUGACAAACCGACCAACUUCACAAAUCCUGUGUAUGCUACUCUGUACAUGGGAGCUCACAACAGCCGCAACUCCCUGGCCAGUACAGAUGAGAAGAAGGAGCUGCUAUCACGGGGCGACGAGGAGCCCCUGGUGGACCCCCUGGCUUAGACUGUCCAUCAGUUUGGUCCAUACAUGGAAAAUACCAUUUGCCUUUUUGAGAAAAAGAAGAAGAAAACGAACAGAAAGAAAAUCAAUGAUUAAGUGUUAACACUGUAUAAAAUGUACAAAAUGAAGGACUACUUUUGUAUGUGAUUGCAGUAUUAUAUUUUGUUCUUUUACAAUUCCUC